AUGAUGAGUGCAACGACAUCAGACUCGCAUGGGGCCCUAGACGUGCCGAAAAAUGUUCAUUUGUCAAAGAUUAGAUUCUCGUACCGAAAACUAGUCAGCAGAUGGCACCUCAACUUGUCCGUUCCUCGAUCUAUCUCGCCCUCAACAGCGCUUGUUUCAGCGGCUCUGACUACCGCAGCCCCGGUUUUCAAGUUCGGGACUCGACGUUUACUUUUUGUACCCGAAGUUCCAACUUUUACACGGCAGAUUUCCGUGAGCCAGUUGUCCUUUUAUACGGCAUCUGAAGGAGAUGAUGUUCCUCCGUCGACUCUUCGCUCGAGUUCUGUUGGAGUUCCCCAGCGUCCUUGCAUCCGCGUGCGAACAAUAUCCGCCGAUGGAAGCUUUGCUAGAAGUUCUUUGGGCCCUAACGAUUUCACCUGGAUGAACAACCGUAGGGAAGUACCAACUGCUGCGACAUUUGCACAACCUAUGUCAUCGACCUCACAUUGGCUUGAGAUCCCUCCUUCUCCUCACCAUCCAGGAAAUGGCAACAGCGAUCGCCAAAACCGCUUCAAACGUCGACCAUCCUUGUCUUGGUCUUUUCGCAAUGCGUCGCAGGACUCGCACGCUUCUCGGGCGUCCACACGGAGUGUUAGCUCACAGGUGUCGGUGGAUAUUAUGGACAAGUUCCGGAGGCUUCUCUCGACAAUGGACGACCUGAUCGAUAGCCACAAGAAGAAACUCCGAAGUCCGCUACUGAACAUUGGUCACACAAAGUCUUUAAAGAGCGAGUGUCGAGAAGCUCUAGUUUCCUUCCAGAAGGAAAUUCACUCGCUAGACCAAAAGCAAGUUACAGAUACUACGGACCCUCAUCACAGCAGCUCGCUUUUCAAGCUGUACCACGAGCUAAGGGAAAUGCUAUUGAACCAUAAAUGCGGUCUAUCUAAGGAUAAUCUCAGCGAUCCCAAUUAUUGUAAAGACUUCUGUGGGAAGAUUGAGGACUGCAGAGUCCGGUUGGCUUCCUUUAAACACGGCAUUUAA